CGAGUAUAAGAUCUUCCACGUUCCACGCUUUCUCUGCGAGGCCUUUUACGACAUUUUACGACAGUGCCGCGCUGGAAUACGACGUCGUUCCAGAGUAAAGUGCGUCUCUUUGGAGCAGAUACCGGCUGAGAGGAACGCAGCUACAAGAAAAAGCAAUAAUAAAACAACACGCUUAUUUCUCGCCUGGUCCACCCGAGCACCGCAUAUCCUUCGCCGGCGACAUAAUUUUUCCCAGAUAGCUCGAUGUGGACUCUGGGCUGAAGAAAGAAAGAGCCACGCUGGGGGAAGGCAACUAGCUGAAUUACCGAACCGAGCUCGUCGGAGUACUAGCCUAGUUGCCUUCCGAAGCGACGCUUUCAACGAGAAGAAAGGGGACGACACGUUUGGGGCCCAAACAGCGUUUGAAAAGAUGGACUAUGAUUUCAAGGUGAAGCUGACCGGCGAACGAGAGCGUGUGGAGGACUUGUUUGAGUACGAAGGAUGCAAAGUGGGCAGAGGCACCUACGGGCAUGUUUACAAGGCGAAGAGAAAAGAUGGGAAAGAUGAUAAGGACUACGCCCUCAAACAGAUUGAAGGCACCGGCAUCUCCAUGUCAGCCUGCAGAGAGAUUGCGCUGCUGCGAGAGCUGAAGCACCCCAACGUCAUCUCACUGCAGAAGGUUUUCCUGUCACACGCAGACCGAAAAGUGUGGCUGCUGUUUGACUACGCCGAGCACGACCUCUGGCACAUUAUUAAGUUCCACAGAGCCUCCAAGGCCAACAAGAAGCCGCUGCAGCUUCCCAGAGGGAUGGUCAAGUCUCUGCUCUACCAGAUCCUGGAUGGCAUCCAUUACCUCCACGCAAACUGGGUCCUCCACAGAGACCUCAAACCAGCCAACAUUUUAGUGAUGGGGGAGGGGCCAGAGAGGGGUAGAGUAAAGAUAGCCGACAUGGGGUUUGCCCGUCUCUUCAAUUCACCGCUGAAGCCUUUAGCCGACCUCGACCCGGUGGUCGUCACAUUCUGGUACAGGGCGCCUGAACUGCUGCUGGGGGCCCGGCACUACACCAAAGCCAUCGACAUCUGGGCGAUAGGCUGCAUCUUUGCGGAGCUGCUGACGUCUGAGCCCAUAUUCCACUGUCGCCAGGAGGACAUCAAGACCAGUAACCCUUACCAUCACGACCAGCUUGACCGCAUCUUCAACGUCAUGGGCUUCCCUGCUGAUAAAGACUGGGAGGACAUCAAAAAGAUGCCUGAGCACUCCACGCUGAUGAAAGACUUCAGAAGGAACACAUACACAAACUGCAGCCUUAUAAAGUACAUGGAGAAACACAAAGUCAAGCCAGACAGCAAAGCAUUCCAUCUGCUGCAGAAGCUACUGACCAUGGACCCCAUCCGUAGAAUCACAUCCGAGCAGGCAAUGCAGGACCCCUACUUUUUGGAGGAGCCGCUGCCCACCUCAGAUGUGUUUGCAGGUUGUCAGAUUCCUUACCCCAAGCGGGAAUUUCUGACAGAGGAGGAGCCAGACGACAAGGCAGACAAAGUAAGACAGAAGAACCAGCAGCAGCAGCAGGGAAACAACCACACAAACGGGGCGGGGCACACCGGCAACCCCGACAACAGCCACGCCCAGGGCCCGCCUCUGAAGAAAGUGCGAGUUGUCCCGCCCACCACUACCUCAGGUGGCCUCAUCAUGACCUCAGACUACCAGCGCUCCAAUCCACAUGCUGCCUACCAGAACCCCGGACCAAGCACAUCACUGCCCCAAAGCAGCAUGGGAUACUCCUCUACCUCCCAACAGCCGCCACAGUACUCCCACCAGACCCACCGCUACUGAAAAUGGCCGCAUGUCGGAUCUCUGAACAAAAAACACACACAUAACACACAUGCUGCCCCCCCCCCCCCCCCCCCGCCCCUGUCGCCUCCCUCAUAACACUUACCCUCACUACUCCCUUUUGAAAGAAUGUACUGAGGGAUGAGGGGGCGACAACGCUCCCCCGCCACCACAGCCCCACAGGGGCCACCCCUCUCUGCUGCUUCAAGAUAUAGAGUGCAGCAGAGCGCAAGUGUUAGCAGCACUGCUACAUAGCACCAAUCCAAUGAGUGAUAAGCGGGGACGGGGGAGGAGAAGAGUCCUCCGGCAUACGCCCCCCCCCCCAGCCAGUAGCCCUCUCACUGUCAAAGCUUGGAUGAGACUGAAAAAGCUGCUAUUUGACUGCCAGCAUUGACAGAUUCCAUGUCCGUCUGUCCUACUGUUUGUCUCUGUCUUUUUCUUCGUAUGCCCCGCCCCCCAGCUGAGGACUGAACUGCAGUGGAAGCAUGCUGGGACGCAACCCUGUUGUGAAA